CUUAAUAGUAUAACACAAUGUUCAAUGAAGAAAAAAAGAAUUAGAUCAAGUAAAACAUAGAAUUCCUAAAUUGAUAGACUAUUUUCCCAAUGAAGGAUUAUUUUCCUGUGUUUAUAGACUUCAGAAGUGGGGAUUAAAUACAUACCUGUAUGCUCCAAAGGAUGACUACAAGCACAGGAUGUUCUGGCGAGAAAUGUACUCUGUGGAGGAAGCGGAGCAGCUAAUGACUCUAAUAUCAGCUGCACGAGAACACGAAAUAGAGUUCAUCUAUGCAAUCUCACCUGGACUUGAUAUCACUUUCUCCAAUCCUAAAGAGGUAUCCACAUUGAAACGCAAGCUGGAUCAGGUUUCCCAGUUUGGCUGCAGAUCUUUUGCACUGCUGUUUGAUGAUAUUGAUCACAACAUGUGUGCAGCAGACAAAGAAGUUUUCAGUUCCUUUGCUCAUGCUCAAGUCUCAAUCACAAAUGAAAUUUAUCAAUAUCUAGGAGAACCAGACACAUUCCUUUUCUGUCCUACAGAGUACUGUGGAACUUUCUGUUAUCCUAAUGUUGCCCAGUCGCCGUAUUUACGAACUGUAGGAGAAAAGCUGCUCCCUGGCAUUGAGGUGUUGUGGACAGGUCCAAAAGUUGUAUCCAAAGACAUUCCAGUAGAAUCCAUUGAAGAAGUAUCUAAGAUCAUCAGGAGAGCACCAGUUAUCUGGGAUAAUAUUCAUGCUAAUGAUUAUGAUCAAAAGCGACUUUUUCUUGGGCCUUACAAAGGUCGGUCAACUGAGCUUAUCCCUCGACUGAAGGGAGUUCUGACCAAUCCAAACUGUGAAUUUGAAGCCAACUAUGUUGCUAUUCACACGCUUGCAACCUGGUACAAGUCUAACAUGAAUGGUGUGAGAAAAGAUGUGGUGAUGACUGAUACUGAAGACAGUACAGUUUCUAUCCAGAUUAAAUUGGAAAAUGAGGGGAGCGAUGAAGAUAUUGAAACAGAUGUUCUCUACAGCCCACAAAUGGCCCUGAAGUUGGCCUUAACAGAAUGGUUGCAGGAAUUUGGGGUACCUCAGCAAUACAGCAGUAGGCAAGUGGCCCACAGUGGUGCUAAAACUACUGUAGGGGAUGUGGGGCCUCUGGUGGCACCAUCCUCUUUAAAUGCAGCAACUGUGGUUACCACAGUUUACCAAGAACCCAUCAUGAGUCAGGGGGCAGCCCUGAGCAGCGAGUCACCAGCCCUGGGGAAGGAGGAGGAGAAGAAGCAAUCUGAUGAGGAACCAAUGGAUAUGGUGGUGGAAAAACAAGAUGAUACAGACAAGAAUGCUAAUCAGAUACUGACAGAUAUUGCCGAAGCCAAGAUGGCAGAGGAGUUGAAGCCAAUGGAUACCGAUAAGGAGAGUAUAGCUGAAUCAAAGUCCCCAGAGAUGUCUAUGCAGGAAGACUCUGGUAGCGACGUUGCCCCUAUGCAGACUGAUGAGCAAAUUAACAAAGAACAGUUUGUGCCUGGGCCAAAUGAAAAGCCUCUCUACACAGUAGAACCAGUGACAUUAGAGGACUUGCAGCUUCUCGCUGACUUGUUUUACCUUCCUUAUGAACAUGGGCCCAAAGGUGCACAGAUGCUGAGAGAAUUCCAGUGGCUCAGAGCAAAUAGCAGUGUUGUCAGUGUUAAUUGCAAAGGAAAGGAUGCUGAAAAAAUAGAAGAAUGGCGUAACCGAGCAGCCAAGUUUGAAGAGAUGUGCAGCUUGGUGAUGGGGAUGUUCACUCGUCUCUCCAAUUGUGCCAACAGAACAAUUCUUUAUGACAUGUACUCCUACGUCUGGGAUAUCAAGAGUAUUAUGUCAAUGGUGAAAUCUUUUGUGCAGUGGUUAGGGUGUCGUAGUCAAUCUUCAGCACAGUUCUUAAGUGGAGACCAAGAACCCUGGGCCUUUAGAGGUGGUCUAGCAGGAGAGUUCCAGCGUUUGCUGCCUAUUGAUGGGGCAAAUGACCUCUUUUUUCAACCACCUCCAUUAACACCCACUUCCAAAGUGUACACCAUACGACCCUACUUUCCUAAAGAUGAGGCAUCUGUAUAUAAGAUCUGCAGAGAAAUGUAUGCUGAUGGAGCUGAUCAACCCUUCCAUAGUUUACCAGAUUUAAUUGGAGACAAGUUAGUAGGAGGUCUGCUCACCCUCAGCCUGGACUACUGCUUCGUCUUAGAAGAUGAAGAUGGCAUAUGUGGCUAUGCUUUGGGAACGGUUGAUGUGACUCCUUUCAUUAAAAAGUGCAAAAUGUCUUGGAUCCCCUUCAUGCAAGAAAAAUAUACUAAACCAAACAGUGACAAGGAGCUGUCUGAGGCUGAGAAAAUUAUGCUAAGCUUCCAUGAAGAGCAAGAAGUACUGCCAGAAUCAUUUCUUGCCAACUUCCCAUCAUUGAUAAAGAUUGAUAUUCAUAAAAAAGUGACAGAUCCAAGCGUGGCCAAAAGUAUGAUGGCCUGCCUGCUCUCUUCCCUAAAGGCUAAUGGCUCCCGUGGGGCUUUUUGUGAAGUGAGACCAGAUGAUAAAAGAAUCCUGGAAUUUUACAGCAAGUUGGGUUGUUUUGAAAUUGCUAAAAUGGAAGGAUUUCCAAAGGAUGUUGUUAUCCUUGGAAGAAGCCUGUGAAGUGCUUGACAACGAACUGUUCCAGUACUGUAGUCCCUUAACAGCUGGGCAAGUAGUGGUGGGGAUCUUCAUAUGGUCUAGCUGCACAAAGCCAGCAAUAAGCCAGCUUGGUAGAAGGGGCUAUGCGAAAAUCACCCAUCACCAUUCAGACUGUAAUUUGUUGGAAGAGGAUAAUGCUGCUGAAAACACUGUUUUAACAAAGAGAAACCUCGUCCUCUCCUGGUCCUGUGUGAAGUGCCAAGAAAUCUUGCAUGGGCUAUAGCUUCUCAGAGGAAUCCCUCUCAGUCAGCGCUGUGGUUGAUGACAGUUCUCUGCAUUCAUAUGUCAACAGAAAAGUGUUCUCUGGCAGAAUUAAAGAUGCAGGUUUUUUUCUCUGUCAUAGAGCAGGAUGGGCAACUGGAAGUUGCAGAAAUGGGAGGGAUUGCUUGUGUCAAUCAGCAAAUUUAAAGAUAAGUAGCUACAAUUCUAUUUUUUACUAUCUUUAUGCUUGUUGAUAAAGCAAUGACCCGUUGUCACUUCUAAUGACCAUUGGUUCAAGCUUUGUGCUUUGUUAGGGACAAAUGUGCAGUGGUCUGUGGCAGAAGUCACUUAAUGAGAAACUUGUAAAUUUCAGUGUAUAUAAACUUAGCUGUAUGCUGACUAACUUUUUGUUUACCAGUUUUGUAACUUUUUCUUUUGAAAAGUGAAAAGGUAUAGGUCCAAGAUGGCACUUUUGAAUAAUCUAAAACCACAAUGGAGAACGAAUCUGCCCUCAGCACUGACCUUUCUUAUUGUGCCUCAUGUCCUGGGCUGGAAACUGACCAUCUUGGGUAAGGGGAGUGGA